AUGGGUGGAAGCAUUAGUGGAAUGACAACUGCUGCUUAUUUAUCAAAAUAUUUUAAACAUAUAACAAUAAUAGAAAAUGAUGAUGUUUUAAAUGAAAUAUUAAUGAAAUCAACAGAUAAAGAAUUAUUAGAUUAUCGUUGUAAUUUAAAAUGUUCAAGUUCAAUAGGUCGUGGAAGUGUUACACAAAAUUAUCAAAUUCAUGUUUUACAAGGUGAAGGUAGUAAAAUUUUAUUUGAAUUAUUUCCUAAUUUAAAAAAUAAAUUAUUAAAUGAAUAUGGUGCUCGAAUAUGUUCAUUAAAAAAUAAUUUUAGAUUUGUUAUUGGUGAUGUUUUAUUAAAUAAAUAUUUAACAGAAGAUCUUUAUUGGUUUUGUAUUGAUCGUUUUACAUUAGAAACGAUUUUAAGAAGAGAAUUAUGUUUACAAUAUAAUCAACAACAAAUUCAAUGGAUAUCUAAUACUAAAGUAAUACAAUUAAUUGUUAAUCAAUCAAAUAAUUCUGUUCUUGGUGUUAAAUGUCGAUCGAAAUUAAAUUCUCAUACACAACUAGAUUUUUAUGCUGAUUUUAUAGUUGAUUGUACAGGAAGAUAUUCUUCAUCGACUAAAUGGUUAAAACAACAUUUUAAUUUAAUUAUUCCAACUGAACAAUUACAUGUUGGAACUGGUUAUGUUUCAUUUGUUGGUGAAAGAUUAAAGACAGGAAAUUCUUUAUUAGAUUCCAUACAUGUUGGUGGAAAUGCAGCUCAUGCACCAAAUCAUAAUAAAGGUUUUCUUACAACACCUAUUCGACAAAUAAAAAGUUCAGAUCCAAAUUCGUUAGGAUUAAUAUCAAAUUUUGCUGUUUAUUGUAUAAAUAGUGAAUAUCCUCCAAAUGAUUCAUAUGAAAAUCUAUUAGAAUGGGUAAAAGAAUAUCUUCCUAUUGAUUAUUAUUUAAUAUUAAAAUCAACAAAACUUUUAAGUCCAUUACUACCAUAUCGACGUGCUUUUGAUGAACGAAAAUAUGUUGAAUUAUUAGGUCGAAAAUGGCCUCAAAAUUAUAUAUUAGUAGGAGAUUCAAUGUGUGUAUUUAAUCCAAAAAAUGGUCAAGGAAUGACUCAUGCAUGUAGACAAGCACAACAAUUAAAUGAAAUAUUUAAAGAAAAAUAUCAAUUAAAAUAUAUAUCAUUUAUUUAUAAUCGUCGAGCUGCAUCAAUUAGUGAAGAAUGUUGGCUUGGUUCAAUUACAAAUGAUUGGGCUGUACCAACAUUAAAAUUAAUUAUAACUGAUAAAUAUGGUCAAACAAAAACAUAUAAAAGAAGUCAAGAUUCAACAUCGAUUUAUCCUCAACCAAAAACACCAUUAUUUAUGGAAUUUUUACAAUGGUAUACUUAUUGGUUAAUUAAAUCUGCUGCACAAUCAGGAGAAUUAACAACUGCUUUUAUACAUGUUGUUUUUCAAGAAAAAUCUCCAUAUUCAUUAUUACAACCGAAAUUUUUCUUUAAAAUUCUUUAUUCUUCUCUGAGACAUUAUUUUAAUUUAACAAAACUUUUCGAUUAA